GAUCAGCGGAAAAAAGAAAAAUGGUGACGUCAUAGUUCGACCGCGACCGCGCGACCAACCAUGUGAACUAUGAACAGGCUCAGCGCUGCGCUCACAUGAUUUCUAUAAACAACUUCACGCACUCAACUACUAAUACUAGCACACCGAUACACUACGACAGCCAAGCGUUCGUCUUCAACACCGAAAAUGUCAGUUUCCUUUACACCAAGACAAAUGACAAUCUUUACGAAUAUGACUACAAGCCGAACGGCACAUUCGAAAAUUCGAAUUUCACGAAUUCGAGCUUCGAAAUGUCAAAUGGGAAUUUCACCGAGUAUGCUGAGAUCCCGUAUUACAUAAAGGCGACUUCUAUGACAUUCUGCAUAGCCAUCAUGUGUCUGGGUGUGAUAGGUAAUGUAAUGGUGCCAAUAGUGAUAUUAAAGACUAAGGACAUGAGAAAUUCGACCAACAUAUUCUUGGUGAACUUGAGUAUCGCGGACUUGAUGGUGUUGUUGGUGUGUACGCCAACCGUGCUGGUGGAGGUCAAUUCGAAGCCCGACACCUGGGUGCUGGGAAAGGAGUUGUGUCUGGCAGUCCCCUUCGUGGAGCUGACGGUUACCCACGCAUCCGUUCUGACGAUCCUGGCCAUCAGCUUCGAGCGGUACUACGCAAUCUGCGAGCCCCUCCGCGCAGGAUACGUCUGCACGAAGACAAGGGCGACCCUCAUCUGCGCUCUGGUGUGGUUCUUUGCGGCUUUAUUUACCAGUCCGAUCCUUGGCGUGGCAACGUUCACCUACGAGCGAUACGAUGAUGGUGUCGAAGAGCCCGUCUGCCUCACGCAAGCUGACACCUUCUGGUCCGCCCUGUUCUUCAUACUCACCAUUGCAGUCUUCUUCAUCAUCCCCUUAGGCGUUCUCCUCGUUUUGUAUAGCGUCAUCGCCAAGAACCUCAUGGAAAACCCCGUCAUCAUAGCCCAGAACUCUAAAAACACAAGCAACACCGGCAACGUUAUCAGAUACAGGAAACAGGUCAUACUCAUGCUGGGCACAGUAGUACUAUCGUUCUUCUUAUGCUUGCUGCCAUUUAAAGCGUUAACGUUAUGGAUCAUCGUAUUCCCCCCCGAGACAAUAAUGUCGUUAGGUAUAGAUGGUUAUUAUAUACUUUUGUAUUUUUGUAGAGUAAUGCUGUAUUUAAAUUCGGCAAUAAAUCCUAUAUUGUACAACUUGAUGUCGUCGAAAUUUAGGGAAGGGUUUGUCAAAUUAUUAAAGAUCAACAAGCUGAUGAGGUGCAGCCGGAAUAUUAGGGAGAACAUGCAAAGAAGAGACACUUUCAAUACGACGACAUCGACGGGCUUCUCAAGCAGCAAAGAUACAUCAGAUUCCUUUUGGAGGCGAUACAGCAAUAGAGCAUCUUCUCAAAAGAACAUAUUAAAUAAAGGUAGUAAAAAGAUCAAAGAAGAAAAAGUUGAAAAUGUGCAGCAAAUGAAAGUGGGUGAGAUUAUCAACGUACAAAAUACUAGACGAAACAGUAUGAAAAUCAUAGCAGCCAUGAAUGAACUCAAUGAUAACAUCGAAGUUGAAAUACAUGAGAAUCACUUAGAAGAAGAAGUCACAAAUGACACUGCCACCGAGAACAAUAAACAGAUACAAAUAUUGAACUUAGACGUUAAGACUAAUAAUGUUUAUUCUAUAACUUUAGAUGUAAGUGAAAAUAACGAGGGAAGGAACCGAUUUGUAUGCGUGCCAGCUCAGGAUAGGGACAAGCAAAACAUAUUCGUAUACGACUUUAAAAGUAAAGAGAGUUUUGUGUAAGGUUUUGUAUACAUAGCUGAUAGGACGAUGGUGCAUUUGGCAGUGUGCCAAGUAAAACAAAGCAUUUAUUAAUUGUAAUAGAAAAGUUAAAAAUAUAUACCUUCCUUAAUAUAAUUCGUCGUUUGAAUUGAAUAUUUUUUUAUGAUAUGCGACAAAUCUAAGGAAAAUGAUAAAUGCAUUUAUCAAGUAAAAAUAACUUUAGAUUUAUAAAAUACUUAAAAUUAAAAAUAUAGUAAGUAAUAAUUCUGUUAGAUAUGAAUGUUAAUAAUUGCAUGCAUCGAAAUAUGUUUUUGUCGCAGUUUAUGAAGUAGUAUAUAAUUAGUAUUUCUGAACAAAUUACCACAAGUUUUUUUUGUACCAGUUGUCUUAAUAAUAUAUGAUGUACUUAAAUUUUACUUUGAUGAAUAAAAUCAUAUUUAUUGCCAAUUUAAUAACUUCUAAUACCGCGAUGCAAUAAAUUCACGUGCGAUUUUUAAAUUGCCUACCCUGUAAAUCUUCGCAAUUCGUUUCAUGUGGGGUGUCAGCAAUAAUUUUGAUGGCACAUGGCACGCUUUCAUCUUUACAACAAAUUACACAUGUUUUGAUAAACAUUCUGAUUAAUAUCGUCGGUAGCAAAGAAAGAGCUAACGACAAAUGGUGUACAUUUUUCUUUCGACUGGCGAAUUAAAAGAGAGUAUUGUUUUUUACGAUUUCAUUAAGACCUGGCAACAACAGAAUAGAU